AAAAAAAAAGUUCUGAAUUUAAAAUGCUAAAACGGCACCGUUUAGUAAAAAAAUAAAAUUAUUUCUUGUUUUCAUAACUUGUCUGCUUCCAUCAUCUCUCCCAUUUUAUCGGAGCACGACGAUGUCUCAAGCUUUACUAAAUUUUCAGCUUUCUUCUUCUUCUUUCUCAAUCCCCAAAACCCUAAUUCACUCUCACUCUCUCAAAACCUUGAAAACCCCGAAACUAAACUCACGACAAUUCUUCUCACAAUGCACAGCUUCUUCUUCCGAUGGACCCAAAACCUUAAGAACUUGCAAAAACUGCAAAACCCAAUUCGAUCCUCUCCUCAAUAACCCACGCGCUUGUAGAUUCCACACUGCUCAUUUCGGAGGUGAGACAAAGAGGAAAUUUGAGAGUGUAUAUACAGGUGGAACAAUGGAUACACCAAAUUCUGGAAAAGUGUUACAAUAUUGGCAUUGUUGUGGUUCUGAAGAUCCUUUUGAUUCUGGUUGUACUGCUUCUCCUCAUACAACAUAUGAUGAUUGAUUGAAGAAGAAGAAAGGAAAAGAAUUUUGUGUGUAAAAGUUACCUUUAUGUAUUCUUUUCUUGCAGAUAAUCUUUUUGUACAAACAACAAUUUUGUGAUAUGAGAUUCUUGUUUUGUUUUGUCCAAACUUGUAACUUUGCUUCUCAAGUUUCCGUUAGUUGUUGCUUC